AAAACGCCAAAGCAAGAAAAUAUGCCUGGACGAGAAUGUUCCACGUGACACAAGAGUUCCAGUAAUAUUUUCCAUAUGCGCACAUUUAUUAUAAGAACUAUUCGCUUUGGAAACACCCGCUUGCCCAAUACAUAUUUUUUUCAGACUCGCGCAAAACAAUAAGAUCUUCUGUAGGCGAAAUGCCCGUUCAACUGAAACUUCUGUUCAGGACUCGAUGUUAAACAGUUACUGUGAUUUUAUUUUUCCUAGAAGAGAUUUCUGAUACUAUGAUGAAGCGAGUGGGAGUUAUUGUUGUCAUUCUGCUGUGCACCAUCACCAGCUGGGGUAAGAAGAUCCGCUGGUGUACAGUAUCAGAGCCGGAGCAGAGAAAGUGUGCAGAUCUGGCUAAAGCACUGGUCGCUGUCCUUCCACCUGCAGCUGUCACAGCCUUCGCACGUCUCUCGUGUGUGAAAGCUUAUGGGACUGCUGACUGCAUUAAUAAGAUACGGGAUAAUAAAGCUGACCUAGUGACUCUGGAUGCUGGAGAGGUCUACUCUGCAGUAAAACAGUUCGGUCUCACAGUAGUCGCAAAGGAAAUCUACAGAGAUGGUGGCUGUAUUCUUGCAGUCGCGGUGGUGAGGAACAAUAGUUCUUUUAAUAUGCGCUCUUUGAAGGGCAGUAGGAGCUGUCAUAGUGGAGCUCGCUGGACUGCAGGUUGGAGUCUCCCUUUGGGACAUCUCCUUUCUCGAAACCUCCUGCCCUGGGGAGAGGAUGAGCCCCUCAGUCAGGCGGUUAGUGCUUUCUUCAAUGCCAGCUGUGUGCCUGGAGCAACUACAAUGGCAGCCAGCCUUUGCUCCUUGUGCCAAGGUCAAAGGUCAUACAUUCGUCAGAAAAAUUUCCAUUGUGAGACAUCUCACAGUGAACCAUUCUACCACAACCAAGGAGCACUCAGAUGUUUGCAGUCACGGGCAGGAGAUGUAGCCUUUGUGGAUCACACAGCUCUGGACAGCAUAGAUGAAAGUGAGAAAGAUGAGUUCAGACUGCUGUGUACAGAUGGUACUCAUGCUCCCCUCAGCAGUUUUAAAAGAUGUAACCUUGGACGAGGCCCUGGAGGGGGUGUGGUCACAAGAAUCAACACGCGUAAAAUUGCCCGAAAGUUCUUGGUCACUGCCCAGAUGUCAUUUGGUUGGAGGGGAAGGGAGCGUCAGCGCUUCCAGCUGUUUGAAUCAGCAACCUAUGGUUGGAGUGACCUUCUCUUCAAAGAUGUGACUGAGAAAUUAUUAGUUCUGAUGGAAGACAUGGAUAUGAGCCAGGUUCUUGGACUGGACUAUGUGGCCUUGCUCAAGGGCCUUGGACAUGAAGGUAGCUCGCUGGAGGACAGUGUGGUGAGGUGGUGCUGUAUAAGUCAUGCUGAACAGAAGAAAUGCGAGCAGUGGGCUCUUAACAUAAAAUCCGAUCCUCUGGUGUGUGUAAAAGCCUCAUCUAUGAGUGACUGCAUUGAGAAGAUCAAGAGGGAUGAGGUGGAUGCUGUUUCUCUGGAUGCCACUCAUGCUUUCAUAGCUGGGAAAUGUGGCCUUGUCCCUGUGGUGACAGAAUAUUAUGGAGAGAAAUGUGAGAUUCCUGAAGGAGCAGGUGGCCAUUUUGAAAGUGAUGAAUUACCAUCAGUGUAUGGUGUGGCAGUUGUUCGUCGGACAAGCCGGAGUUUAUAUUUUGGAAGCCUGGGUGGUAGACGCUCUUGCCACGGUCACAUGUACAGCCCUGCUGGCUGGGUUUUACCUGUAAGACACAUGCUUAGCACAGAGCACAACAGCAGCGCCCCCUGUGAGCCGAAUAAUGUGUAUGCUGAGGUGUUUUGGAAAGGUUGUUUGCCAGGAGGUCAAGGCAAUCUAUGUAAGGUGUGUAUGGGUGGGACUGAAGAAGCUGCCACCAAACGGUGUGCUGACAACCAUAAUGAGCGUUACUAUGGCAAUAUGGGUGCAUUAAGAUGCUUGGUUGGAGACCCCAGUGGGAAGAGUUUUGGAGAUGUGGCCUUUAUGGAACACCACAAUCUGGAGAGCAACAUUGAACGUCUAAACACCAGUGGCUGGGCUGAGGGUUGGCUUACUUGGGACUUUGAGCUGCUUUGCAGCGAUGGCAGUCGGGCUCCUCUGACAGAAUGGAAGACCUGUAACUUAGGGGCAGUCCCUCCAAAUAUUGUUAUGACACGUCCUGUUUUUACAGCUCGCAUUUAUGACCUCUUAAUGAAGUCACAGGAAACCAUAGCAGCUCGUUCAGAUACUGGGUUCCACCUGUUUGAGUCUCAGCAGUAUGGAGAGAGUGACCUGCUCUUUAAAGAUGCUACAAAGUGCCUCGUUCACACAAGUCACGUGGACUAUCGCACCAUUUUGGGAGACGAGUUCUAUUCACAGGCUGAAAGCAUCUUUAACUGCACACACUCAAAUAUCUUACAGUUCUGCAAUCAAGAUGUGUGCAGGAUAUUCUAAACAACCUAGAUGAAAUGGCAUUUAGGCCUAUGACAAUGUUAAAAAGAAGCAUGGGUCAUAUAUGAUUUCUUUUGUAUCAUUCCUGACAUACAAUAAAAUACUAUUUGAAGAUAUAUUUUA